AUGUCAUCACCAAUGAUUGGUGUUGUAAUUAUAAAUCGAAUUGUUUUUUCUAUUGAAAAUCUUUCAAACAAUAUAUUUAAUGAUCCUGAUAUUUAUUUUGCAUUAGCAAUAACUGAUGGUAUUGCUGAUUGUACACAAGCACUUAUAUGUUCACCUGUUGAACUUAUUAAAACACGUUUACAAAUGCAAGAUAUUGGACAACAAAGAACGUUAUUUAUCUUAUUAACACAUUCAUAUAAAUAUCCAAUUCAUUGUUCAAAGAAAUCAUGUAAAAGACGAGAUAUUCAGCGUGAAAUUAUGCGUGGCAAAGAAAUUGAUAUGUCUGUUUAUUUAAGUUUAAUUGAUGAUGGUUUUACAGGUAUUGCUGCUGCAUGGACAGUUUCAUAUCCAUUUGAUGUUAUUAAAAGUCGAUAUCAAGCAACACGUGAUCAUAGAUGUGAAAUUGUUUGGAAUCGUGCAGUUAAAUCAUUUCGUACUAUACUUCACAUACAAAACACAGAUAACGCACAGAUGUUUUUUCAACUUAGAACAAAUUUAUCUAGAGAAUGGUAA